GUAUCGUGGCCAACAGGGUGCAUCAGUUUUUUAUUACGUCAUUGCAUUAAUAUUAAUAACAAUUGCAAUUUUCAAUAUUUUUUAAUAAAAAUUUGUGUCAGUAUAGUUGAAUAUAUGUUAAAUAAAUUAUAAUUUGUCGGAUCCUCAAAUAAUCAUCCCUACUUAUAAAAAAAAUCUUGAAAAUCACUUAAUUUUCACGCGUUCACAGUGGUGUUUCCCCUUAACAUGUACCUCAAGUUUUAUAUUAAUUAUCACUUAAAAUAUUGUCUUGAUCAAUAAAUAUUUGUACUCCAGUUAACUUAUUGAAAUUAUGCAAAACUUAUAGACACAAAAAAGCUAAGACAUUACCACGAACAUACUAAAUUCGCUGAAAUGGAUCUAAAGACACAGACGUACUCCAAAUAUGCAAUACUGACGCGCACAACCGAAUUGCGCAUGCAUGCCACCGCCGAAGUGCCAAGUGAUCGUUCUUCUGAAGCGCAAACAUUGACCAUGGUGGGUGGAACGCUCAUAAAAAUGUUUCAGAGUCAAACUCCUGUGGAAGUAGUAGGAACAAAAAAUAUGAGCACAGUGCAAAUACUUGACCUCGUACGUCAGGAACCGAUUUAUGAAAAUCUCUAUGAAUGUCCCCAAGCAAAUUUACUGAAAGUGAGUGAAGCGUUGUGGCCAUAUGUGAUUAGCAUUGAAGAACCAGAACGGCGAUUGUGGUUGGUAAAGAAAGAAGAUCAUUGUAAAUGGAUAGUUUAUCUGAAAGUCAACGAUCUUGUGCGAGUUUCUGGCGGCCCGUUUGGCAAAGAAUCGACGUUUUAUGACUGCAUCAUACGUUACAUUGGGCCUGUUAGUGAAAUACAUCCUGUGGGCUAUUUCUUCGGUCUGGAGUUGCUGCAUUUGGAAAACGGCUUCUCACCGCAGUCCGAAAACAUUCCUUUCUCGAUUGAAUACAUGAGUUCUGAUCCAUCGCUUUCCAUAUUCACAACAGCCGAUAAUCUAAGACAGUCAACAAGCGAAGUGCACAAGAAAUUUUCUGUGCAAGAUUUUAUAGGUGAAACGUUUACGAAAGUUCGCACUGCUAUUGUACCAUCCACAUGUGCAAACGGCGGGAGUGGAGGGAGCAACACUAAUUCAUUGCGAAGGCCAAAAAAACUAAAGAAGAAAUAUCCAUCUUCACAAUUUUACGACACACCAAGCUCUCCACCUGUUGAGAGUUUAAAUACAACCGUAAAUCGUAGAGUUGAAACUGGUCAGGACUACGAAAUGGAUAGAGAGAGUGGCAAAAUGAAGCACUCGGAUGAGUUGGACAACGCUACACCAAUUAUAUCGGCGGAAAGUGAUGAUUACAAAAAAUCUAUUGAGAAUUACGAACGUAGCUUGGAAAGACAACGUGGAUCUACAGUAACAUCUGCACCUGUACCGGUGCCCACAGGCAUAUUGAAGCAUCGACACACUUCGGCAUCCGCAAGCAGCGGUGGCGGCAGUGGUAAUAAAGAUGCUAGUGUUGCUGCCACUACAGUCCAUCCAUUAAACCUAAUGAGCAUGGACGAUCGCGAAAUAAUUAUUAUAGAUCCUGCCGAUAUACGGGAAUCGACUAAAAAUGAGUCUAAUGUAAUUGUGGUAGAUAAAAAUAUGCAGCAGGAAGUUGACUUGGCUGAAUUGUUAGGCGGCAAUUGGCCAACCACUGCUGGAGAUGCCGCUGCUAUACUAAAUAACAAGCAGUUAAUAAAAUCACAGCAAACGACCGGUAGCGGAAGCCAAGAUUCGAUUCAAGCAAAAGGAGGGCGGAUUAAAUCACCGAAUCCCUUAACACACUUUGGCGGCGUGAAAUCAACAGCAAAUGUGGCCACAGAAGGAUUUACCGGAGGUGAUGGAACAGGCGAUGCCAUUGGAUCAAAUAAAUAUGCCAAUUCUCGGGAUUCGCCUGUUUAUGAUAAUUUGGUUGAUAUUGAUGCGCCGACAGAAAUGGAUCUGAUCAAAUAUACGCCUUUGCAGGAUAUACCGGACACCGCAUUGGGUGUGGGCUCUAUGGUAGAGGUGUCCAUACCGGAGGCGUCAGAGAAUUUGUACGGUGUAAUACGCUGGAUUGGCAUGGCACAAGGCCGUAAACAAAUAUUGGUGGGCGUGGAAUUGGAGGAGGAUCAGGAUGAUCGCACUCUGCCGACAACAAAUGGCACAUAUAACGGCAUGCGAUUUUUCCGCUGCCACGAAGGUCGCGCACUUUUUGUCCCUUCUGAUCGUUGUUCCACUGAUAGACGAUUUAUCGAGACAGAUGGCAAGGCUGCAUCAAAUAUACCGACUGAUUCAAAAAUGUUUGGCCAAGUCGAAUGCCCUUCGGUUCCAGGGGCUGUGGCACCAUUGAAGAUCAAAAGUUUAGAAGAGUUGGAGGAAAAUUGUGGCAAAUUUAAAGGCAUACAAGGCCAUCACAAUUCGUGCUAUCUGGACGCUACAUUAUUUUCUAUGUUCACCUUUACAUCAGUAUUUGAUUCGUUGCUUUUUCGCCCACCUGAAGCUGAUGAUAUUGCGAGCUAUACAGAGGUGCAGAAGGUAUUGCGUGAAGAGAUCGUUAACCCGCUGCGCAAAAAUGUCUUUGUACGCGCUGACCGCGUUAUGAAACUACGGCAAUUGCUGGACAAGCUGAGCUCGGUUAGUGGACUAACAAGUGAAGAGAAAGAUCCGGAGGAGUUUCUAAAUAGUUUGUUGGCGCAAAUAAUGCGCGUGGAACCAUUUUUGAAGUUAAGUUCCGGCCAGGAUGCGUAUUUUUAUCAAUUGUUCGUAGAAAAAGAUGAACGCUUGUGCUUUCCGACUGUACAGCAAUUAUUCGAACAGAGUUUUCAUUCAUCCGAUAUAAAAUUAAAAGAAGUGCCGUCAUGUUUGAUCAUACAAAUGCCACGUUUUGGCAAAAACUUCAAGAUGUAUCCGCGGAUUUUACCGUCCCAACUAUUGGAUGUCACCGAUAUUAUUGAGGAUUCUCCCCGCCAAUGUUCUGUUUGCGGUAAGCUAGCCGAAUAUGAGUGCCGCGAUUGCUAUGGUGUCCUACAAAGCGGCGUUGGACUUGAGAGUACAGCAUUUUGUCUUAAAUGCCGAGAUACCGUACACUUGCACGCAAGAAGAACAAAUCAUAAUCCCAAAAAAUUGUCUGUGCCGCAAGACUUUCGUAUAAUGGCAGAGCACAUGAAUGUACCACGUCUGUAUAUGGAGUUAUUUGCAGUGGUUUGUAUAGAGACUUCACAUUAUGUGGCAUUUGUUAAGGCUGGUUCAGGGCCAGAUGCGCCCUGGUGUUUCUUUGAUUCGAUGGCUGAUCGGAAAGGUGAGAAAAAUGGCUAUAAUAUACCCGAAAUGAUAACAGUGCCUGAUUUACCACUGUGGCUGUCGGAAGAGGGUGCCCGCGCAGUUAAUGAGACUUCAACAAAUGACAAAAUGUUGCCGGAGCAUGCGAAGCGGCUGUUUUGCGAUGCUUAUAUGUGCAUGUAUCAGAGCACAGAUGUGAUGAUGUAUCGUUAGUAACAAAAAAAAAAAAAAAACAUU